CCACAAGAACUGAAAUUCAGGACGCUAUCCUGAGUUUGAUCUUGCAAGACUAUCCUGAAGUUUGUAACAAAAGAAUUGAACUGAAGAAGCAGUGGCUACCCAAAUUCAACUCACGCGCACUCUUUGUCCAAGUCAGACACCACUCUCUCCGCCGCCGGCGAAUAAAGUUUGCAGGGAAUAAAAAGUUUCAAUUGAUGGGUGUAAUUGAAUUAUGCAACACUUCAUCUAUUUGCAUUGGUAGAGCAAAACCCAGUUGUUGUUCAAUUGAAAGAAAUCAGAGGAGGAGAAUCAUUUGCAUGGCCUCCUCAGUGCCAGUGCAAGAAGAGAGUCAGCAGAAACAACGUGUGACUGGGGAUGCUUUUAUCCGGCCCCAUCUUCUUAAAUUGUCACCUUAUCAGCCCAUUUUGCCUUUUGAGGUGUUAUCCACUCGUCUUGGUAGAAAGCCGGAGGACAUUGUGAAAUUAGAUGCUAACGAGAAUCCAUAUGGCCCUCCUCCAGAGGUAAUCGAGGCUUUGGGCGCUAUGAAAUUUCCAUAUAUUUAUCCUGAUCCUGAAAGCCGUACCUUGCGUGCUGCCCUUGCUGAAGAUUCUGGCCUUGAAUCUGAGUAUAUUCUUGCAGGGUGCGGUGCAGAUGAACUCAUUGAUUUGAUAAUGCGGUGCGUAUUGGAUCCUGGCGACAUGAUUGUUGACUGCCCACCCACUUUCACAAUGUAUGAAUUUGAUGCAGCUGUAAAUGGUGCACAUGUCAUCAAAGUGCCUAGGAACCCAGACUUUAGCCUGGAUGUAGAACGGAUUGCCGAAGUGGUUGAACAUGAGAAACCAAAGUGCAUAUUUCUGACAUCGCCUAAUAAUCCUGAUGGGAGUAUAAUUGAUGAUGAAACGUUGUUGAAAAUACUUGAUCUGCCCAUAUUGGUUAUACUGGAUGAAGCAUAUGUUGAGUUUUCUGGAAUGGAGUCUAAGAUGAAGUGGGUGAAGAAGCAUGAGAAUCUAAUUGUUCUUCGCACAUUCAGCAAAAGAGCUGGCUUAGCUGGACUCAGAGUAGGGUAUGGAGCUUUUCCAAAGAGUAUUAUUGAAUUCCUUUGGCGAGCAAAGCAACCAUAUAAUGUGUCUGUUGCUGCUGAAGUUGCUGCAUGUGCUGCACUAAAGAAUCCUGCUUAUCUGGAGAAUGUGAAAGUGGCACUGGUGCAAGAGAGGGAGAGGCUCUUUAAUCUCUUGAAAGAAGUCCCAUUUCUUGAUCCAUACCCUAGCUAUUCUAAUUUCAUUCUCUGUAAGGUUACGUCUGGAAUGGAUGCUAAGAAAUUGAAGGAAGAUCUUGCGACAAUGGGAGUGAUGAUCCGUCACUACAAUAGCAAAGAACUGAAAGGAUACGUUCGUGUGUCUGUAGGCAAGCCUGAGCACACAGAGGCUUUAAUGAAAUGCCUCAAGCACUUCUAUUGAUCUUGCGACGAAAUCUGAUGUGUCUUAUGUCCUCUCAAGAUGAAGACUAAGUGGGAGUUACUCUUUGCUAUUUGUGCUAACUGCAAACAAGUCAUUCUUCUGAAUUCAAUUCUUCAUAUGUUGGAGGAGUUAUAGAGUGAUCUUGACUCUCAAGUACACAUUAUGUUGGAAAUUGCCAGGCGCACUGAUAAGUGCAUUUGUGUAUUAUUGUACCUUUUGCCCCCCUGUUUGCAAAAGAUCUGAAUUACACUUGUUUUUUA